AUGCGCUGUAAACCUCUUGCACUCUUUCCGCCUCUCCUGCACCCUCUCUCCCGCCCUCCUCCGCUGCGUGCGCGCAUGGCAGGUGAUCGACACGUUCCACCGCUUCGCAGGCAUCAAGCGGCUCAAGGACAAGCCGGUGGGCGAGUUCCCUUUAAGGCAGACACCUCACACGUGAUAGACACGUUCCACCGCUUUGCGGGCAUAGAGCGCCUCAAGGACAAGCCAGUGGGCGAGUUCCGCGACGACCAGUGGCUGCUGAUCGCCAAGGCGGAGUCGCAGGGGCUCGUGAAGGUGGAGCUGGGCCUGCCGCCGGCUGUCGUGCAGGAGAACGUGAUCCAGGGGGAUGGUGGACAAGCCAAGCCGGUAGGCGAGUUCAGAGACGACCAGUGGCUGCUCAUCGCCAAGGCGGAGGCGCAGGGGCUCGUGCAGGUGGAGCUGGGCCUGCCGCCCGCUGUGGUGCAGGAAAAUGUGAUUCAGGGGGAUGGAGGACAUUCGGUGGGCGAGUUCCGCGACGACCAGUGGCUGCUGAUCGCCAAGGCUGAAUCGCAGGGGCUCGUGCAGGUGGAGCUGGGGCUGCCUCCCACUGUGGAGUUGGAGGCGGCCUACCUCUCGGAUGGCAUCUCCCACGUGGCCUCGCUCAUCGCAUGCCAACCCGCAUUUGCCCACUUCCUGCACCCCGGCUCUCCUCCGUUCCCUCAGGAGUUUGAAGCAGCCUACCUCUCAGACGGCGUCUCGCACUUCGCCUCGCUAUGGAACGAGCAGCGCCGCACCAUUCUCCGGGCGGCGAUCGCCGCCCGCUUGCUGCCGACGAUGCACAAGGAGACGCGCCUGCUGCUCACCGGCCGCGCCAAGGCAUUCGUAGCCGAGCAGUGCGCUCUCGCCCUCUGGAAACACGUCUCCGUCGCCCCCUUUGACGUCCGGGCGAAGGGGGCGGGGGGGGGUGGGGGCGGAGGGAUGGGCGGGGGCGGGGGAGGGGGCAUGCGGGGCGGCGGGGGGAGGGGCGGGAGGCAUGGGGGAGGGGAGGAGCACGGGGGAGGGGGGCAGCCGUGGCUGCGAGUGAUGGCGUGCUGCUGGGGGCCUGGUAACCCCGCGACCACCUUUGCCAUGCUGAACGCCGCAGGGGAGAUGGUGGACUUUCUCCAUACCGGCUUCCUCUGGGGAGGGGGAGGGGGCGAGCAGCAGGUGAUGGUGAUGAAGAAGCGGGAGGAUGAGCGGCGGCUGAUGGCGUUUGUGAAGGAGCACAAGCCGCAUGUCGUGGUGGUGGGCGGGGCUAACCUUGCGUGUGAACGGCUGAAAGAUGAGAUCUGGGAGGUGAUAUUCAAGAUCGUGGAGCACUUCCCUCGCGACCUCACAUCUGAUGUCGACAACGUCCGUGUGGUGUUUCAAGACGAGACACUCGCGCUGCUGUACGAGAAUUCCGCCAUCUCGCAGGAGCACCUGCCCUCGCAGCCAGGCAUAGUGCGGCGCACGGUAGGGCUCGGGCGCUAUAUGCAGAACCGGCUGGCGCUGGCGGCGUGUCUGUUUGGGCCGGCGAGGGAGGUGCUAUCUGCCAAGUUCCACCGCUCUCAGGACCUGCUGCCGCCUGAUGACGUGUACGACGCGCUUGAACGCGUCAUGGUUACCGUCACCAACCAGGUGGGAGUGGAUGUGAACUAUGCGGCACAGGAGGCGCAGGAUUGGCUCUUUGCACCGCUGCAGUUCGUGUGCGGCCUCGGACCCAGAAAGGCCUCCACGCUUAAAGUGCGCAUACUGGGGGAGGGCGUGGUGCGGCGCCGCAAGGACCUCAUCGACCCGCCCUUCCUGCUCGACCAGGUCGUGUUCAUCAACGCAGCAGCAUUCAUCCGGGUGAGAGGGCAAGAUGACAUGCUGGAUGAUUCACGAAUUCACCCGGCAGACUACCGUCUGGCGCUCAAAGUGGCAACAGACGGCUACUGCGAGGCCCACCGCGGCAUGACGCCGCACAGCGUGGAGGAGCGCGGCAUAGAUGUGGUCCUCGAGGCUCGGGACAACCCGGACCUGAUCCGCAGGCUCGAUUUCGAGGACUACGCGGUGAUGCUGGCUCGGAAGGGGCAGGGCGGGCUGAAGGAGAAGCUGCUGCUGAUUCGCCGCGAGCUCAUGCACGGAUUUGCUGAGUGCCGGGUUCAGUUUGAGUCGCUGAAUGCGGACGAGCAGUUCUGGCUGCUGAGUGGGGAGACGGAGGAGAGUCUUGCGGUGGGGAAGGUGGUGACUGCGACGGUGAAGCGCGUGCUGAAGUUCAAGGUGUUGUGUGCGUUGGAGAGCGGUGUGCUGGGCGAGGUGGACCGGAGGGAUUUCAGUGACGACCCGAAUGUGGAGCUGAGGGAUGUGGUGAGCGAGGGGCAGCCGCUCACAUGCCGCAUCAAGGAAGUGAAGACAGAGGAAGCUAAGGUGAUCCUAACAUGCAAGGGCAGCGAUCUGAGGAGCAGCGAGUGGAGGGAGAUGCGGCAGUGGGACCCGUACUACCAGCGCGCUGCCGUGGAGCAGGAGGAGCAGGCGGCAACGGAGGAGAGGAAGCGCAAGGAGGAGGAGAAGCGCAAAAACAGCCUUCCGCCCCCGCAUGAUCACCUACCCCGCUCUUCCACAAUGUGUCGCUGGAAGGCGCUAAGAAGGGCGGCAAAGGACCGCACCAGCGCCACCAGCUUCCUGCGCCUCGGCCGCACUCUCACCAUUGGGGACGAGAGCUACGAAGACUUGGAUGAGGUGAGCCGCGGUGAAGGGUGGAGGCUGGAUGGGGUAAAGAGACGUUCAUGCCCCUGCCUCUCCUCAGCUGCACCCUCUCUCAUCUUUGCAUCGUUUCUAUUUCUCAUCACUUACUCCUCCCUGCCUGACCACCUCUCCCUCUCAUACGUCCCCUCUCUCUUCACCCCUUCUCACUCUUCUCAACCCCUCGCUCCACCCCUCCGCACCAGCCCUUGGCAGCGCGCAUGCGGGACAUGGCGGCAUACCGCAAGUUCCGCCUCGGAUCCAAAGGCGACAUGGGACGCUCUAGUGCGCACCGACAAGGAGCGCGAGCCUGCCCGCAUCCCCUACUACCUCUCCCUCUCGCAUGACCACCCUGGCGCCUUCAUGCUCACUUAUAUCCGCUCUGCUUCUGUCUCCGGCCGCCCCGUGCACGAGUAUAUCACGGCUGGGUCGGGUGGUUGGGGGGCUGUGGGGGGGAGGAGGUGGGAGAAGCUUGGAUGGGGAGGAGGGGCGUGGAGUGCGGGAGGUGGGGGGGAGCAGGGAGGGGGCAAGUGUGGCAAUCUGGGGAUGGUGGUGGGAGUGGGUGCAGAAUGCAAGGUGGUUGGGGUGGCGAGGGAGGGGGAGGAGGGGGAUGGGGAGCUGGGAGGUGGUGGUGGUGGGGUCGGGAGGAGGGUGGGGAGCUGUAGGGGCUGA